AUGACGUCCAGCAGCUCUUCGAGGCGGAAAGGUACCAGCACUGGUAUUAGAGAUCUCAAGGUGAUCCAAGAACUCACGGCGAACCUGAUGAAGAAUCCAAUGGGUGAAGAUUGGAAGAAGGGGUUCGCUCAGCUCAAGUCUGGGUUCAGAGGGAAGAUCCCUACCCCCCAGAGAAACAAUCUGCUAUCAAGGAGCAACCACAGCACCGGCGAGCAAAUCCAAUAA